UCUUGUGAUCCUCGCGUCUAUUGGUCGAGCGCGAAAUUUUAAAUGCAGAAACUGAACCGAAUCUGAGAAACAAAUGUAACUAAGAUAUGAUUGACGCAUAGCGGUUGUUUUUGGUGUAUAUUUGGACUUUUCAUUGUAAAAGACAAUAUUCUUGCUAUUAAAGCGAAAUGGAUGUAUCUGCAUAUUUACAGUGUUUUGAAAACGCUAUGACCUCAUAUUCCGGAGAAGAUCCGCUGGAGCAAUGGGACAAGUUUGUGGACUUUGCGGAGAAAAGAUUGACUGACGGCAGUGACAUGGCAGUGGUGUUGGACAGGCUCGUAGAGAGGUUUCUGGACGUCCCUCGGUACGCGAACGACAUCCGAUAUGUGAAGCACUGCAUCAGAUGUGCCAGUUAUUAUUCCAACCCAGUUGCACUGUACAGUCACAUCUUUCGCAGUGGCGUCGGCACCAAGACCGCUGCCCUGUACGUGGCCUGGGCACAGCAGUUUGAGCAGAGGGGCAUGAAUGAGCAGGCUGAUGCUGUGUACCAGAAAGCAGUGGAGAACCAGGCCCUGCCAGCAGAUGCAGUUCUCAAUGAGUACAGGUUGUUUCAAAUUAGAACCAAAAGCCAGACACCAAUAUCAGCAGGCGUUCGAACCCCCUUACAGAGCUCCCAGUUAACAAACCAGAUGCCCCCCCACAGUGAGCCAGUGGCCCAGAUUAAGGCCUCAGUGGACUGCGUACCCAAACAACCCCAAUACUGUGUGACAGUCUCUCGCUCUGAGACUUCAGGAAUGAUUCCCUCCAGUAAAGACUCUGGUAUUCAGAUGGUGUCAAAGUACGACAAAGAGGAACUUGUUUGUGAAGGAUCUGAAUUGUGCUUCGAGGAAGUCCGGGCGCAGAGAUACUUUCAUAAGCGACAGGAGCAGCAGGAGAUGGAUUACAGAAGAAACAAGGAGAGAGAGCUGAGGGAAGAGGAAGAGGCUGUCCUGAGGAUUAAAUCUCUGCUGGAGAAUUAUAAUCAAAACUUGGGAGCAUUUGGGUUUUUAAUCCACCAGCCUUCAUCACAGGGGCACCUACCUGUGGUAGGACCAGCCACCAGACAGAACCUGAAUCCUGCCCAGCAGAACCAUCUGCACUCCAGGUUCUCUUCAGGCCUCCAACCACACACGGAGCCACCCGUUCAGCAGCAGCACCAGACCAGGGCUGCUGACACCCCCCCGCUGCCCUUGCACAGAUCCCAUCAUCCCUCUGUCCCAAGUCAUACAGAUCUUCUCCCCCGGGAAGCUCCGUGUCAGCCAGGCAGCAUGGGCACGAACGUCACACAAAAGGACGUCAGCCAGCUGCAGGAACUAGAGGACAGACUUGAAGUGUCACUGGGAGGCACAGCUAAUCUGUCUCACAUCACUCCUAACAAUUCACUGGGCUUUGUUCAGGCCACGCCAUCAAGGGCGCUGCCGUCACCCACUGUCAACACGCGGGAGGCUCUGGAUGUUAUCAUGGACAUGUUCCAGGCCCCAACUCUCCUAAUCGACCCGCUUAGCAACACAUCGGUGCUCCAGUCAGCCGAGGCAGGACACCAAGCCCAGGGUGAUGCCUCCACAUUCUCCAAACCGCCUACAACAACCCCAUUCACCAUCUUCCAGGAUGAUGACAAAGAGAAUCCUCGCGCUGCUGCUCCUCCAUCUGCGUGUGAGAAGUUCAAAGCAGCCAGAGCUCUGGCUGUGAUCCCAGUGUCCAAACCAAAUGACACUCCUCCAGAGCUGACGCCGGAUGAGACCAUGUGGGGUGCUCGCUACAACUCCCUCCACUCUCUGGCUGCCUGUCCCAACAGCUCCACAGACUUCGCCAUGUUGGCCCAGUUCGUCUCUACUCCCUACAAACAAAUCAAUGCUUUCGGCAGCAACAUUUGCCAGGACCAAGAGAACAACUGUGAUGGUGGAGACGUUAAGGAGGAUGCCUUCAGGUGCCGGGGCAAUAAACUCAGCCCCAUCAUGGAGCAGAGUCCGCCUGAUGAGAAGCUGUCAGAAACAGCUGUCAGUCAGAUCGUCCCCUCGUCUGCCAGACUAGGCACCAUUGUGGGUGAAGGUCUCAGCCUAGCCCAACACUGCCUGACCUCCUCCUCCGUCACCAUGGUGCAGCCUCCUCCUCCUGCUCUGCUCUCCUUCAGAGACCAGACGCUCUGCCCAAACGAGUCCUCUGUCUCCAGGACCACAGGACCCGCUUGGGACAUUUACACAAGCCCCGAGCAGCCUUCCAAACGGACCUUUGUGAAUCCACAGGAACCAGAGGGCCUGUUCAAACCUGGCUAUGAACCGUUUAAAGUUUUGGAUGAUUUGGGUGAACCUGGCAGUCCCCAAAAAGACCAGAAAACGGCUCUUGAUGUUCCAAUGAGCCCAGAGUGCAUCGUCAACCCAGACUGGCUGACCUGCAAAAGCCCGCCGGUCACAGUUGAGACAGAUCUAGAUGCCUUUUUGAGUCCACGUCAACCAAGGGUCAUGGAUGUUCCCAUGAGUCCAGAGCAGCCACAACUCUAUGCUGACGUGUCCAUGAGCAAGGAGCAGUUCAACACUGUGGAUGAGCCCAUGAUGAGUCCAGACAGAGGCGUGAGGCCCAGCGUAGAUGUAUCCAUGAACGCAACACAGCCCAAGACAGAAAAGCUGCAGCUGGUACCCGACCCCUGGGAUGAUGAACUGAUCUCUGGUCUGCUGUCCUCACUCUCGCCGCCUCUCACCUCUCACCCUCGCUGCCUCACCUGGCAACGCAACUUACCCCACAUCAGCCCAAAGAUGACCCUGAGCAUGGGAAAUGCAUCUCUUCGGGUCGACGGGGUCCUCGGUGAAGGAGCCUUUGCUACCGUCUUCCAGGCGACAGACCCUGUGACCUCAGAGAAGGUGGUUUUAAAGGUCCAGAAGCCGGCCAACCCCUGGGAGUUUUACAUCAACACUCAGCUUGACGCUCGGCUGCAGCCUGGCAUCCGUCACCUCUACAGCAGCGUCCGCUCUGCUCACAUCUUCAAUAACGGCAGCGUGCUGCUGGAGGAGCUUCACAACUACGGCACUCUGCUGAACGCAGUGAACAUGUAUAAAACCCUGGGCGACAAGGUGAUGCCUCAGCCCCUGGUCAUGUACUUCACCAUCUGUAUCCUGCACAUGGUGGAGCAGCUGCACAGUAUCAACAUCAUCCAUGCCGACAUCAAGCCUGACAACUUCCUCCUGGGAGAGAGGUUCAUGGACAACAAGGAUGUUGAUCCGGACAGUGUUAACCACGGCCUCGUCCUCAUUGACCUCGGACAGAGCAUCGACAUGAAGCUUUUUUCAGAGAACACUGCGUUCACUGCCCGGUGUCUGACAUCAGGCUUCCAGUGCACAGAGAUGCUGAGUGGGAAGCCCUGGACCUAUCAGACUGACUACUUUGGGGUCGCUGGAACUGUGCACUGUCUGUUGUUUGGAACCUACAUGCGAGUCCGAAACGAAGGUGGAGUGUGGAAAACUGAUGCUGCGUUCAGAAGGAACCCCCACAGCGACCUGUGGCUGAACUUCUUCCACACGCUGCUCAACGUGCCGGACAGCGGGCCUCUGCCCAGCCUGCGGAGCCUCCGCUGCAGCCUGACGUCCGUCCUGCAGCAGAGCUACAGCAGCAAACUGUCCUCGCUCAGGAGCCGACUGGUGGUUCUGCUGCUGGAGAACCACAAGCCAGUUCGGAAAUGACGGUGCCGCUGUCCAGAAGCCUGAGGCACAUUGGCUCUGACAGGCAUUCACUGAGCUCCUCGCUGUUCAUUCCUCCAUAAAUUAACAACCAGUAAAAGACUUUUAUGCUGUUUUUAACACAUGCACAGAAAGAGAGAAUCUGAUUUUUAUUUGAACAAACUUUUAACACUGUAAUUUCCAGAUGUUUUGGGUGAAUAAUAAAAUUUUGGAUUGAUCA